GUCGUGCUCUUCGACGUGAUGGACACGCUGGUCGCCGACCCAUUUUUUGGCGGUUUCGAGAGGGACCUCUUCAGCAUCGAUGGAGGCAUCAAGGCGCUCUUUGCCAUCAAGGAUCAGGACUCGUUUGUUCAGUUCGAGACGGGCGCGCUGACGGAGGAGCAGCACUUUGCAACCUACUUUUGCGACCGCCGCCCGGUCGACGGAGGAGCAGUGAGGAGAUACCUGCAAGAGCGGUAUGCGUGGCUGCCCGGGAUGCGAGAGCUCGCCUCUGAGCUCGCGGCGGCGGGCGUGCCCUUGGCCGCCUUUUCCAACUACCCAGCGCCGUGGGCACCACUCGUCGAGGAGGCUGUUGGCCUUUCGGAGUACGUGCCAUGGGCGUUUGUCUCUGGCGAGCAGGGUGUGCGCAAGCCGAGCGCCGAGGCGUACCGCGCCGCCUGCGCCGCCGUGGGCAGGGGCGCGGAGGACGUGAUCUUCGUGGACGACAGUGCGACCAACGUGGCGGCGGCGGAGAGCUUUGGUAUCCCUUCGAUCCGCUUCCGAGGCGCCGAGGCGCUGAGACCGCAGCUGCGGCGGCUU